GUUCCAACCCAGAAAAAAACUGUAAUUUUAUCAACGAAACAACAGAUGAAUUUUCAAAUUUUGAGUCAAGUUAUGGAAAUCUUUUCAUGAUUUACGAUAUUAUAAUAAUAAAAUAUGCGUUAAUUUCGAAGGAAAAGAUACGAUGCAGAAUGCUGUGAUGUGAUCCGAUUUCAUGCAACUUGUCAUAUUCCGAAUAAUGCGGCAAAUGACCCUUUGAAAAGUAUUGUUAUUUGUUAUCAUUUUUUUAUAAGUUCUCAACUUUCUCGCUUUGUAGUGUUUAUUCGACUUGUAAAAUAAGUUCCAUAAUUGGUUACAAUGAAUUUCAACGAUCAAUUAAAUCGUAGCGCUAACCCUGGCGCCGCCGGUCGAAGACUGGUGAGAAGACCACACGAAACACCCGGUUUGGAGUCGACACGUGUCAAUCCUCAAGCCCCUCAUGUGUACAAUCCUAUGAAUGAUGCACAGUAUGGACAGAAUUAUGUCGAUAAUUCUUUCCACGCUCAAAACGUCCAUCCGUACGCUCAACCAGGUAUGAUGCCGCCAUCAAAUCCGAAUAAUUACUCCUAUCCAGCACCAUCGGAAACUAGUGGGUUUCCUCAAGCUAAUCUCUUGACUGAUCCUGUUGUUGCUAGUGCUGCGAUGCAGUUCGGUCAAGCUUUCGUCGCAUCUGGACGGCAAGAAUUAGAGAAAUACGUCGGAGUUUCAAGACUUAAGUACUAUUUCGCCGUAGAUACGGCGUACGUCUCAAAAAAAUUAUCAAUUAUUCUGUUUCCGUAUUUGCAUUCGGAUUGGUCGGUUAAGUACGAUCAAAAUGAACCGAUACAGCCGAAAUUUGAAGUAAACGCUCCAGAUUUGUACAUUCCUACAAUGGCGUUUCUUACAUAUAUAUUAGUCGCUGGUUUUAUUUUGGGAGUAUAUGAUCGAUUCAGUCCUGAAAAAUUGAGCAUAGAAGCUUUAAAUGCGUUGGCGUGGAACGCUCUCGAGGUGCUUGUGCAGUUGAUUACCCUCUAUAUUUCAAACAUCAAUACGAAUUUGAAAACAUACGAUUUGCUCGCUUACUCCAGUUAUAAAUACAUAGCGAUUAUCGUCAUUUUAUUGACGAAUUUACUAUUUGGCCGAGUUGGAUAUCUAAUAUCUUUAACCUAUCUGAGUGCAUCGUUGGCCUUUUUCCUCAUGAGAACAUUGAAACUACAAAUUCUUGCUGAACCAGUGCCUUACCAACAAGAUAUGUAUGGAAUUCCUCAACCCGCUGUUCAACAAUUAGGAUUGAAAAGAAGACAGUAUUUCUUGUUGUUUGUAUCGUGCUCACAAGUUCUUCUGAUAUGGUGGUUGACUUGGAGAAUAGUUUAAUUUUACUGAAGCUUUGUUUGAGUGGUGAUUUUUAUGAUGAAUCGAUUUUCGAAAGAUGUGUACGGAAAUAUUAUAUUUCCAACUUGAUUACUUUCUUUAUGGAUGUGGAUUGCGAUAUGAAAAGUAUCAUUAGCGUGUACAGAAUUUAUUUAUUGUCAUUUCUGAAUUGUAUCAUAAUAAUUCUGUCUCUUGUUUCUUUAUACAAUUAUUAUUAUUUUUUUCAUGUGAAAUGUUAUUACCGUAUCUUCAUUUUUUUUCUUGUUUUUAUUAACAAAUCAAAAUGGAAAAAUGAGAUUUACAACAAUUUUAUUUUAAUAAAAAAAUUACUGACAUACUGUA